ACAAUCGCCAUCAUUACAACACACGCCGGUCGUUUUGUUGUUGCUGCCGCUAUUGGCUUAAUUUCGAGUAUAAUUGCAAAGCCAUGGCAGCCUCAUCGACCCGACUACGAUGUCUAUACGCAUCAUCAGCACCAGCAUGGAAAAAAUCACCAUCUCAAUCGAUAAUCUCCCUCUCUCGCCACUAUGCUACAACCAGCUCUACAACACCAUCUCUGAAUCCUGAUGAAUCCUCUUCGUCUUCAUCAUCAACAAUCCCGAAACGACGCAAAACAACCACAUUUAGAGACAAACUGAACGCCGGCCCAUCAUUCGCCGACUUUGUCACCGGCGGCAAUGGCAAUAACGCUAGCCUCGACCCCGAAGAAGCCUACGCCCUCGAAAAAGUCAUGAUCCCCGGUCCAGCAGGUCGUAAGAAGGAACAUACCCGUCUCCCCUCAUGGCUCAAGACUCCCAUCCCGGACUCGACGAAUUACAAACGCAUUAAGAAGGAUCUCCGCGGGUUGGAUCUACAUACCGUCUGCGAAGAAGCCCGUUGUCCGAAUAUAUCUGAUUGCUGGGGUGGAAGCGACAAAUCUGCUGCGACGGCAACGAUUAUGUUGAUGGGUGAUACCUGUACGAGGGGGUGUAGGUUUUGUAGUGUCAAGACUCUACGGACGCCGGGACCGUUGGAUCCGCAUGAACCAGAGAAUACGGCUGAGGCGUUGUCGCGUUGGGGGUUGGGGGAUGAUCUCCCCGAUGGAGGGGCACAUCAUUUCGCUGAGACUGUGAUUAAGAUCAAACAGAAAGCUCCGGGCAUUCUUGUUGAGUGUCUCACGGGUGAUUUCGCGGGUGAUUUGGAUAUGGUUUCGCUAGUUGCCAAGUCCGGGUUGGAUGUUUAUGCGCACAAUGUUGAGACUGUGGAAGCUUUGACGCCGCAUGUUCGAGAUCGUCGGGCGACAUUCAAGCAGUCUCUUCGCGUACUCGAGGCUGCGAAACGCGCAAAGCCAUCUCUUAUCACAAAGACGUCUAUGAUGUUGGGCUUCGGUGAAACAGAGGAUCAAUUAUGGGACGCGCUACGUCAACUGCGCGCCUCGAAUGUGGACGUGGUCACCUUUGGGCAGUACAUGCGUCCGACAAAGAGACACAUGGCCGUACACGAAUACGUGACCCCGGAUAAAUUCGAAUUGUGGAGACAGCGGGCCCUCGAAAUGGGAUUUUUGUAUGUUGCGUCGGGCCCCUUGGUGAGGAGUAGUUACAAGGCUGGUGAAGCUUUUAUUGAGAAUGUGUUGAAGAAGAGGAGGGGUGUUGGGAAUACGCCUGGUGCUGAGGUUGCGUCGGCCAAGGAUGUGCCGGUUGAUGUUUUGGGUAAAUAA